UCGGGUGUGUGUGAUUCAUUUUUGUGGAGCAAAAUAAAGAGUUUUCGGCUGCUGUAACAGUGUAGAAAAACCGUGCUAAAGGAUGUCGUUCCACCGACGGUGCGGCAAGCGGAUUACGUUGGCCAACAGCAACCGGACGGCGAUGCGAAACAUCAGCGAGUUCAACCACGGGCUGGUGCUCAGUGCGGAGCCCCUGCAGGACGACGUGCUGUUCGAAGUGCGAAUCGACGAGAAGAUUCAUGCCUGGAGCGGCAGCAUUGAAAUCGGUGUGACCACAGUGAAUCCGGAGGCGACGGAACUGCCACCGUGCGCUACAAAGUUGCGCAACGGAACGUGGGUUAUGUCCGGGAUUUCCGUACUGAAAGAUGGCCUCUCACUGAUGGAAUACUAUGGAUCUGAUUUGGAUAAGCUGGGCGAAGGGGAUCGGGUUGGCGUGCUGCGCACGGCGCAAGGGGAACUGAUUUUCUAUGUGAAUGGAGAAUCGCAAGGUGUAGCUGCGGUAGAUAUUCCGAAAAAUGUUUAUGCGUUGGUUAAUUUGUACGGCAAAUGUGUGCAGGUUUCUAUCUGUCCGUCGGACAGUUUGGAGUACUCGAAUGAGAGUACUCAGAUUUCGCAGAAUAUCGACAUUGCAAUGUCGGUGGAGAUGUCCGUGAGUGCGAAUGCUAACGGAGGCGGUCCAUCCGGGUCUGGAGUUGGAGCGGAUGCGCUGGAUCCAAAUGAUAAGUUGCGAUUUCAUACACGGUGUGGUUCACUGGUGAAGUUGAGUGCAAACUGUCGUACGGCCGAAAGGCGGCGGCCGCUGGAUGAGUUUAAUAAUGGGGUCGUGAUGACACACCGACCGCUAAGAGAUAACGAGCUGUUUGAGAUUAGAAUCGAUCGACUCGUUGACAAAUGGUCCGGUUCGAUAGAGGUUGGUGUUACGACACACUGCCCAUCAGCGUUGCAGUUUCCGGCAACGAUGACAAAUUUACGCAGUGGAACCAUUAUGAUGUCCGGCUGCGGAAUUCUAACGAAUGGUAAAGGAACUCGACGUGAAUAUGGAGAAUUUAAUCUCGAUGAGCUACGCGAAGGUGAUCGCGUAGGAAUGAUGCGUAAAUCGAAUGGUAAUUUGCACUACUAUAUUAAUGGACGCGACCAAGGUGUGGCCGCCACAAGAGUCGCGCAAACUUUGUGGGGAGUAAUCGAUUUGUACGGCAUGACCAUUAAAGUGACGAUUGUUGAUCGCGACGAACGCGAGCAGCAAAAUUUGGUUACUAGACGGAACAAUCUGAUGAGUUUACCCGUUUCUGAACAGGAGCUGAUUCCGCCAAGUCCGGAGAUUGACUACAGUCACUCUGAUCGAUUGCUGUUUCAUCCAACCUGUGGUUCGCAUGCCAGUGUCACACACAGCGGUCGUACCGCGCUUCGACCGAAUGCUUCGGAUGAUUUCAACAACGGAGUUGUCUUAACGCGCCGACCUUUGAGGCCCAACGAAAUGUUUCAGGUACGCUUGGAACGGGUUGUCACAAAGUGGGCCGGUUCCAUUGAGAUGGGUGUUACGACACACAGCCCAACCGAGCUGGAUUUUCCCUUCACCAUGACUAACGUUCGCUCCGGUACGUGGAUGAUGACCGGAAACGGGGUGAUGCACAACGGGAUGACUGUUAUAGAACAGUACGGGCAGAAUUUAGACCGACUGCAGGUCAGUGACCGAGUCGGAGUGGUUCGGAAGGAUGACGGGACGCUGCACUUUUGGGUUAACGGAGUCGAUCAAGGUCCAGCCGCUUCUAACGUACCGGAAAAAGUCUACGGAGUGAUUGAUUUGUACGGUCAAGCCGCUCAGGCCAGUAUAGUGGACACUUCUGAAUGUGGAACGCCCGAUACAGGGAACUCGACGAUUUCUAAUACCACGCUGUUUAGCAGCGAACCGAAGCUUAAGUUCCAUUCGGUGCAUGGCAAAAAUGCUCGGAUUUCGAAUGGUGGUUUGACUGCUUGCCGACCGAAAGCCCUAGCGGAAUUUAACGAUUCGAUAGUGUUCAGUAACCGGUCGUUGAGACAGCGGGAAUUGUUUGAAAUUGCUCUGGAAACGGUGGUUGACCAAUGGAAUGGAAGCAUUGAGAUUGGUGUAACGGGCAUUCGACCGGAUGAACUGAGCCUUCCGAGCACGGCAACUGAUUUAGAACAUGACACAAUCAUGAUCUCAGGCACCACCUUGAUGCGGAACGGAGUAACUGUCAGGAACGAUCUGCCGUUCGAUUUGGACACGCUUACUGCUGGUUCUCGGGUAGGAGUGAUGCGAAAUGGUGAUAACAUUCACUUCUUCAUCAACGGCGUAGACCAAGGACCAUACUACGAAUGCAAAGCACCCAAUUUGUACGCCGUAAUCGACUUGUAUGGACAGUGCGCUCAGGUCAGCAUUACCAGCUCACAGCCGGACAUUCGAGCCCCGUAUGCCAUUAGUGAAAAUUCCCAGAGCCUACAAGCAACUUCGGUCAUUCAACCAGCAAUCGAGUCGAAGCAUCGUUGGUCCUGUAUUUCCGGUAACGUCACAUUGAUGCAAAACUGGACACUGGCAUCCAGAUGUACGCAGAGUGCACUGUCACAUUGUUUGGUAUUUUCCGAACGGCCACUGGUCGUGGGUGAGACAUUCGAGAUUAAAAUAACCGAAAUCAAUUCCCUUUACGCCGGAAGUUUGAAGGUUGGAGUGACGGAUCUUAACUUGUCGGAUGAGCAUGUCCGUAAGAACAUUCCCGUUAGCAUGAAGCGAAUCCCGGCCAAUGUUUGGUACGUCAGUGGUAACGAAGUUCGCUACAACUCCACAUUGCUUCAAAAGUCGUUCGCUUCAUUGGAUUGGCUGCGAGUUGGUGAUCGCAUAGCGAUCGAACUAACCUCUUCCCGAUCGCUGAAAAUCCUUCUCAACUCGGAAGACAUGAACAUCAGUUUCCAAAACGUUUCAGAGGAUCUAUUCGCCGUCGUAGAACUGCUAGGAUCCACUAUGGCUGUGCAGGUUAUUUCCUCGCAGGGCCCUUUGUCACCGCUAAGACCGUGCAGUCUUCGCCUUCAAGACUCUCUAGAACUAGGGCUGGAUCCACUCAACAAACAAGAUUCCAUGCUUGAAUCAAUCGACUCGGAUAGUUUAUCAUUCGAAUUUUCCGAAUGCCACGGUAAAAACGUUCGUCUGUUCGACGACAAAAAGUCGGCGGCUCGAUUACAGUCCUACCAUCAGGGAGUUGUUUGUCUGUCGAAACCCCUCUGCAAAGGUCACAGUGUGAGCAUCAAAAUCAGUGAAAUCAACCCGAAAUGGAAAGGAACCAUUGCGGUCGGUGCGCUUGGAGUUUGUCCCGGAACGCACCAGUUUCCAUUCCCGACAUCGGCAAUUCUUUUCCGCCGACCUUGCUGGAUAGCGACCCACGACUACAUAAACAUAAACGGUAACAAAACCCAAUCGAAUUACGCGGAAAUCUUCGAACAAAUCCAGGUCGGCACGGUUAUCACUCUAACUUUGUCGCACGCUGGAAACCUCGGUAUUACGUUUGGUCAAACACAGUUGGAUGAUCUGGCCAGUGGAUUGCCUCAUCACGUCUAUCCGGUGUUCGAUGUCUACGGGAAAUGCGAGCGGAUUGCCAUUUCUAACGGGGAUCUAAAGGGUGGCAGUCCCAUCAACGAAGAACUGGCUGCGAUGCCUUCGGGAGCGGCUGGUGCUACCGGCGUGUCAGCCACCGCUGCCGGAGCGUCGGCAGCUGAUGCUGACAAUGUUCCUCAGUGCGAGAAGGCAGACCUGGAAGUGCACGAAAAGGAAACGGACGUUGCAUGCGCCUCCGGCGCUGGCGCUUCGUCGAUGAGCCGAUCGGUAAUGGAUAGCGUAUCGGAGAAUCUUUUGAUGAACAUUUCCAUUAAAAACCGUACAGCCAACGAGGCCAGAAAUCAGGAUUUGUCCAACUCUUGCUGCCUUCGGGACUCCCUUCAGCUGCAGCACUCAACGAAUCUGAACAUUCAGCGCAGUCAAAGCACGCACCGUUUCAACGCUCUGCAGGGUAGCUUCGAUAGCAAUCGUGGCGGUGAACUGUCGCAGUCGGUCAAUUUCGACGAAGGUUUCGAAGAUUACCGCUCGGGCACUUCCAGCGUUCAGCCCCCCGCUGCUGGAUCGAAUGCCAUUGCACAGAGCCAAGCUUCCGCCGCACCGUCGGCGGAAAACAACACCGACCCGAACUAUCUGGUAGACGUCGACAUCAAUAUCGAUUUCAGCAUUCAACUGAAUGAGUCGGAAGCAGACGAAGACAGUAACACAAUAGCGAACAAUCGCGCUAAGUUGGGGUUGCCGCUACAGGCAAGCUGCUCCGCAGCUCCAGAGCAUCAAGGGCCGGUGAAUAAUACUGCUGCUCCCGAUGGGCAGCAGCAAACGCAUCAGACCAAUGGUGUUACGGCAGCCGGUCGCCGACCCGCCAACGUGGAGUUUGCUGAUGAUCACAAUCGUACGUCGCUAGCUAUCUCCAACUCUUCAUCGACAGUAUUGAGUGUCGUUGAAAACAAGGACUGUGACUAUCUGAAGCUUGUGCUAGGAUUCAAGCGAACCCUGAUGCUACCGGAUGUGUUCUUCGCCGGGGAUAUCUUCAGCUGUUACUGCGAAGGCUGUGCUCCAUCUUUGCAAAACUCAUUGCUUAAAGGUUGGAUUCGUUUCAAAAUCAAUCAGCAAACGUUAAGCAGUUCUUGCACUGCUAACACUUCGGAUGACAGUGUUUGGACGACAGCAUACUACAAUGCACGGGUGGAGAAGAUUCGUUCGGUUCUGGAUCAUGGACAACCGCUGCCGAUCGAAUCUUGUCAGUUCCUACCGGACAGCAGCACAUUGGGCGAUAACUUCGUUCCAGGAACGCACAUUCUACUGCAAUCUUCACCGGACACGGCCGAGUACACGCAGCGAUCAUUUCACCGCUACAUGGCCAGCAGCGUGUGUUAUCGUAUUUUCGCCACGUUUGAGGUUCGAGUACGUUCACAGGCACUUUCCAGCAUUGAUUUGGGAGAUGUAGCAACCGCUGCUGCUGCUGCAGCUGCCGCUGGGGUUAAUGAGACUGGGAGUGGCGCUGGUUCGCAAGCAACUCCAGGACCACAGAGUACGGUGCGUCACUGGACCACCAAGGAGGCGGACGCUUGCGUAUUAACCGCACUGAUGAUUCAACUAACUGCAUCUUAAGACUGGUUAGCUUCUGCACACCCCUAAAAUGAUUCCGUACGGACUUUAUGGUUCCUAUCGAUGUUUCUCAAAUCUAAAGCAAGCUAAAAAUGUUUUUUCAUUCUAUUGCCAAGCACGCUGCUAAGUAUUAUCCGUACAGCAAAAAGAUCUCUGUUUGACAGAGAUUAUUUCGGUUUGCAUAAAAUAUAUGUCAAGGCAUGAUAACAUUUAGAUGAUUCA